AUGGGUAAACGAGGUCGUUUCAUUUGUGGUGGAGUGGCAACAGCGAUUGGCAUUCUCGGUGCCCUUCUCAUUGCCGCCGGUCUCGUUGUCGUUCUCAAAGUGAUGCCUGAUCAGAUCAAGGACGGAAUCAAAAAGGACAAACAACUAAUCAAGUACAAGAAUGGGACCUAUAACGAUUACACAAAAGAUUGGGUGUCUCCAAAGUACAUUCAACGAAUGCAGUAUUGGGUUUACGACUACAAGAAUCCGAUUAGCAUCAUCAAUCGAGGACAACUACCUGACGUCGAUGAGAAAGGACCGUACACUUAUGUCGAGGACACCUUCAACGACAUCACUUGGAUGAGCGACGAUAACACGAUCCUCAACUAUACACAGACUAUCCGGUAUCGAUUCGAUCCCGAGCAAUCGUGUCUUGGCUGUGAUCCGUAUAAGGACACCGUCUUGGUGCCAGAUAUCAGUUUUAUUUUAGCACUCGAGCAAUUCGGUGAAUGUUACAGCUUUUUUGGUAGCUUCAAUCUUUCACAUCUUUGCGAUCUCCCCGCGGUUCAAGGUUUCUAUGAUAAUGAUUUGGUACCAUUGCUAGCCGACGCCAUGGAUCUCUUUGACACGGGACCCUUUGUGAGAGUGACGAUCGACCAGCUUCUCAUCUCUGGCUAUGAGCCAAAAGUCUACGUCUCUUUCCUGCAAAAUGUCUUGAACAUUGUCAUCGAUGUUUUCAACAUUCUCCUGCAUGAUAUUAUCAAUCCCCUUCAACACGCUCACAUCGAACCACCGCAAAAUGUCAGCUAUGGGCAAACUCUCUUCUACACCAGUCCCCAUUACAUAGUAACCACGGGAAAAGAUAAUUACAAAGAAGUGGGCUUUAUCAAAAGUUUCACCAUGGAGGACCCGUUCAACAAAAACAUCACCCUAUCCACAACGGGAACAACGUUACCGGAACAAUGGUGGUCUAAGUGCAACGGCGAUACACUUAAUUCAAUGAAAGCAAGAACAGUCGCUGGAAACACCGGUGACUUCUACCCAUCAUUCUUGGAGAAAAAAGAUGUCGUGCCGAUUUAUGUGGACUCCAUUUGUCGAUCAAUUCUCAUGAAAUACCAGAAAGAGGUGACAUAUGAGGGAAUCGACGCCUACCGUUUCGUUCUCCCCGCCGAUGAGUUCAAUUGGGAUCAACCGGAAAACUGUGGUUUCUGUUUCCCGCUGAAACACGAUUAUUUCGAUAGAAAUCAAGGAGAUCAUAGCUAUCCAAAUGGAAUAAUGGAUCUACGAGGAUGUCAGGAAGGCAAUCCGGUGGCUAUUUCAAAGCCGCAUUUCUAUGAGGCCUCGGAUGUGGUGAAGAAUUUUAUCCCUCGUUUUAAGUCUAGUGACGAUGACAACGUGUGGAUGGAUGUCGAGCCGCAAUCAGGCACCAUUCUCAUGGCACAUAAGAGAAUGCAAAUUAAUCUCAUGGCUAAUCAAUUCAAAAAUAUCAGCAGUAUGAAAGUCUUCAUGCCUGGUGCGUAUCCAAUCUAUUGGUUGAACGAGUCUUUCUAUGCUGAUCAGGGAACAGUGAGAGAUUUGAAGAACGAUUUGAUCAACCCACAAAAGCUCUUCAAAAUUAUUUGCUAUUCAGCGGUUGGAUUGGGAGGUCUUCUCAUUCUGAUCUCAAUCCUUUCCUGCUUUGGCAUUGUGUUCGUUUCUCGUCGACAAAGCUCAAAAAUCGAU